AUGACGCUCAAGACCAGCGAGCCGGAAGUGCCCGAGCCGACCGGCUCGGGCAUGAAGAACCAGUACCUGUGUCUGACCAUCUGCGGUUACCGCAAGCCGGGCAUGAGCGAAGAGGCGUACCGCAACCACAUGGUCAACGUGUCGGCGCCCCUCACCAAAGACCUGAUGGUCAAGUACGGCGUCAAGCGGUGGACGCAGAUCCACAACCAGAGCAGCACGCGCGCACUAAUGGCGCAGCUGUACGACCACCAGAUGGCCAACGUGGCCGACUUCGACUGCUUCAGCCAGGUCGUCUUCAAGAGCCUCGAGGACUACAAGCGCAUGAAGCAGGACCCGUGGUACCAGGAGCACCUGGUCGGCGACCACGAGAAGUUUGCCGACACCAAGCGGAGCAUGAUGACGAUUGGGUGGGUGGAGGAGUUUGUCCGGGACGGCGAGGUGGUGGACGGAUUCAAGGAUAGCUAG